UCUUUUCUUUCUUUGGAUGAAUCGAUUCUCUCUUCAAUAACUGAACCCUUUUCAGUGUGUUGCUUCACUCUCAAUCUUCCAUCAAAGAUUGGACCGUUAAAAGGAAAUACUCCAUAUUAGCAAUAAAGAAAUCAUUUUUAUUGCUCUCAACUCAUUGAAUUUUUUUCCCUCUAUGCCUGUUCUUCGUAGAAAAUUCUUGCACUGAUUUACUUUACCGACACAAAUUCUUACUAGGGUUUUUCUCAAGCUGGUCACCGAAAUUUCAACCCUUUACCCAAUUUCCCAAUCUCAAGAUUUUCUUUUUCAUUUUCUUUUUUAUACACUAAUAUUUUCUUUAAUUGCUAAUUACUCGAAAACGUUUACUUUUUUUUUCCUUUCUACUUUUUUUUUCCGCUAAACUGAAAUUGGCUAUGAAUGUUCCGCCUAAUACCAAUUUCGAAUUUCAUGCUUUCAUGAAUUUGUUCGAGUCUUGAAUUUCUGGGUCUGAGGGAGUUCCCAAUUUAGGGAUUUUUGGGCCGUUUUCUACUGCUUUUUUGUACUCAUUAGGGUCUGUUUGAGUUGCAAGGCAUGAACUUGGAUGGGUUUUCAGGGUUUUAACUGAGAGAAAAACCCUAUUUAAUUCUCCAUUUUCUUCCUACAAAAUUAAUUAGGUUUCUGAGGCAAAGUUUUAUUGGAGUGGUUAAAGAUGAUAGCAGAGAAACCCAGUUGGAUUAAGCAUGGUGGCACUCAGAUUUUCUCCAUUGAUAUUCAGCCUGGUGGCCUCAGGUUUGCCACUGGUGGUGGUGAUCAUAAGGUUCGCAUCUGGAACACAAAAUCUGUUGGCAGAGAGAUGCAAACUGAUGAUUCAGCUUCAAAGCUUCUGGCAACUCUGCGGGACCAUUUUGGUUCUGUUAACUGCGUUAGGUGGGCUAAGCAUGGGCGGUAUAUUGCAUCUGGAUCUGAUGAUCAAGUUAUUCUUGUUCAUGAGCGGAAGCCUGGCUCGGGAACCACAGAAUUUGGCAGCGGAGAGCCGCCUGAUGUUGAGAACUGGAAAGUUGCCAUGACUUUGAGAGGGCACACUGCUGAUGUGGUGGAUCUUAAUUGGUCUCCUGAUGACUCGACAUUGGCCAGUGGGAGUUUGGAUAAUACCAUUCAUGUUUGGGACAUGAGUAACGGAAUCUGCACUGCAGUUCUUCGUGGUCAUUCUAGUCUCGUAAAGGGUGUAGCUUGGGAUCCUAUUGGGUCAUUUAUAGCUAGUCAAUCGGACGACAAGACUGUCAUAAUUUGGCGAACUAGUGACUGGAGCCUUGCUCAUAGAACUGAUGGUCACUGGGCUAAAUCUCUUGGCUCCACCUUCUUCAGACGGCUUGACUGGUCACCGUGCGGUCAUUUUAUAACUACGACUCAUGGUUUUCAGAAGCCCAGGCAUUCUGCACCUGUCCUUGAGAGAGGGGAAUGGUCUGCCACAUUUGACUUCUUAGGACAUAAUGCACCAAUCAUUGUUGCUAAGUUCAAUCAUUCAAUGUUUAGGAGGACUCCCUCCAAUUCCGAGGACUUAAAAACUUCAUUGGUUGGUUGGAGCAAUGGUUCUUCAAAGGUUGAAGGAAAAGAUUUACAGCCAUAUAAUGUUAUUGCAAUAGGAAGUCAGGACCGCACCAUAACUGUAUGGACGACAGCUAGCCCUAGACCUCUUUUUGUGGCUAAACAUUUCUUCACUCAAAGCGUGGUGGACCUCACCUGGAGCCCUGAUGGGUACUCGGUAUUUGCUUGUUCCUUGGAUGGGACAGUGGCGACGUUCCAUUUUGAUGUGAGUGAAAUUGGAUAUAAACUAACUGAUGCUGAACUAGAUGAUUUGAAGAGAAAUCGCUAUGGUGAUGUCAGAGGUCGGCAGGGAAACUUAGCUGAGACUCCAGCACAGUUAUUGCUUGAAGCAGCUUCUGCAAAGCAAAUUCUGAGUAAAAAGACGCAUGCAGUUGUUGCAGAGAGUCGGGCAUCUUUGAAACCUUCUAAAGAUUUAGGGGUUACUACAAAAAUUAAUAAGACUGUUGUAAAUGAUGGAAAGAAAACUGAUGAUGCUAUCAGUGAGGUGUCAAACAAGGUGGUCUCUGCUCGGAUGUCAAGUCCUGUAAAGCAGAAAGAAUAUAGACGCCCUGAUGGUCGGAAAAGGAUAAUACCAGAAGCAGUUGGUGUCACUGCCCAUCAGGAGAGAACGUCUAUUGGUGAUCACUCUGAAGGUCUUGACUUAGCUGUGAAAUCUUUAGAUCAUAACAAGGAUAAUAACGGAGCGAUACAUACUGGUAAUGGUUCUCGAGAAGGAUCAAUAAGAAAAGUUGUAGGUGGGAGUGCCGAUCUAAGAGAGCGUUCUGGUGUCACGGCUAGAGCAUCUAUUAGUGAGAACUUGAUUAUUGAGAAGGCUCCAGCUUCUGGGAGUAAAGAAACAAGUAUUAAUGUCGAGCAGAUUGGUCAACUACCUUCUAAUAGUAUUCUUUCAAUACGAGUAUUUGAUAAGAAACAAGGGGAAGAUACAAUUUGCUUGGAAGCUCGUCCGAGAGAGCAUGCAGUUAAUGACAUGGUGGGAGCAGGAAACACUUUAAUGAUCAAAGAAACAGAACUUUCUUGUUCACGAGGAUCUCAUAAUCUUUGGUCUGAUAGGAUCUCGGGGAAGGUCACUGUCUUGUCUGGAAAUUCUAACUUCUGGGCUGUUGGUGGUGAAGAUGGAUCACUCCAGGUUUACACAAGAUGUGGGAGGCGUGCCAUGCCAACCCUGAUGAUGGGUUCUGCGGCAGUCUUUAUUGAUUGUGAUGAAUUCUGGAAAUUGUUAGUUGUCACAAGGAAGGCGUCCUUGUAUGUUUGGGAUCUUUUCAAUAAGACGUGUCUACUUCAGGAUUCCUUAGCUUCACUGGUAACAACAGACCUCAACUCCAAUGCGGGUACGGUCAAAGUUAUAUCUGCAAAAUUAUCCAAGUCUGGCUCUCCCCUUGUUGUCUUGGCUACACGCCAUGCAUAUCUAUUUGACAUGAGUCUUAAGUGUUGGCUGAGAGUGGUAGAUGAUUGUUUUCCUGCAUCAAAUUUCUCUAGCUCCUGGACCCUAGGUUCGGCACUUGGCGGUGAGCUGGCCGCGUUACAGGUUGAUGUCAGGAAAUAUCUGGCACGGAAACCAGGUUGGAGCAGAGUGACAGACGACGGAAUGCAAACACGUGCUCAUUUGGAAGCUCAGCUGGCAUCUGCUUUGGCUUUGAAUUCUCCUAAUGAAUAUCGCCAAUGUCUUCUGUCUUACGUUCGCUUUUUAGCAAGGGAGGCGGAUGAGUCCCGUUUAAGAGAAGUUUGUGAGACCUUUCUUGGACCUCCCAUCGGAAUGGCUGAAUCUGGAUCGGAUGUGAAAUCACCAUCAUGGGACCCUUCUAUUCUUGGAAUGAAUAAGCACAAGCUCCUCCGCGAAGACAUUCUUCCUGCUAUGGCAUCCAACAGGAAAGUCCAACGGCUACUCAACGAGUUCAUGGAUCUCCUAUCUGAAUAUGACUCCAUGGAGACGAGCUCUGAGCAGAAGAAUCCGCUGUCUGCACCAUCCCAGGCCACAAAAGAUGUAAGGGAUUCCAACCCUCCUACAGUAGACAAAAAAGAUUCUGAUCCAGCAGUGGCCACUCGAGAGAAUCUUGUCGAACCAGCUGAUCAUACUCUGCAGGCUACCGAUGAAAUGGAUACUUCGAGAGCAACCGAACCUCAAGCGGAUUCUGCCCUCGCGAAUCAAGUGCAAACAACAGAGCAAAUGAUUAUAGACGUUCCUGCCUCGGAUCAAGUAGAAAAUGCCGCCCCAUCUGCUGAAGACAAGGAUUCUUGAUCUCGACUUGAAACAUUCGUGCCAACCAAAUACUAAAUGCUAAUGUCGAUCACCAGUCUUUCUCUGCUCGUGGAAAUCAGAAUCUUGUACUGACGUUCGAGCACUGAGGUCGUAGACUAUGGGAGCUGCUGUGUCUGAAGCUCCAGCUGACAAAGCGUCGCGCAGUUGAGGUACUUACAUCCAAUUCGUCGUUGGUUAUUCUACUGUGACUAGAGUUUCUUCUAAUUGUGUUAUACAUUCAAGCUAAUUUUUGUAUGUAAAGUUGAUUGCUUUAGGCUCCCAUUUUCAACUAGGUUUGUAAAGAAAAUUCUACACUCUAAAUCUAAAACGCACAAUUUUUGCUGAUUUAAGUUGUGCUUUGUUGUGACGAGGGAAUCAGCAAGCAGUCAUACAUUUUAGACAUAUUGCCAUUCUUUCUUUUA